AUGGAAGCUGUAGUCCUGAAGAUUCAUUUGGAAUGCGUCGCACAUACAGUUUUUGAGAGUGGAGAUGAAGGUGACGAUUCAGAUAAUACUGAACCUCUGGAUAUGAUGGAUAUAACCAACAUGAUUACAGGGUCAUCAAUUCUUCAGUGCACAGAGGAAGAAAUGAAACAAAACAAACCACCUGUUAUCAAGAAAAAUCUUAUGCAGAUUUCCAACAUAGGCCUUAAGAGGCAAAACCCCUUUACAAAACAAAAGAUAACUAACCAAGACAAAAUAGAUUCGAAUGAAGAAACUUCAUCUCAAGAUGAGUUCAAGUGUGCGGGAGAUUUGGAAAACGAGUGGUCACAAGAUGAAGAAAAACUGGUUUUGGAGAAAAAUACAAAACAUAAUACAAUCAGUAAGAGAACUUAUAAUGAUACUCUGAACAAAGGGAUAGACAGAAAUGAUAGUUGUGAUAUACCAGAAAAACAGUCAAAAAUUGUGAAAGACAUAGAAGAAAAACCGGUUACCAAAGUAGCCAAAUUGAAAACACCUACCUAUAAAACAGCACCAAAGAGCUCCAAGGCAGGUAAUCCAGCUGGUGUUAUGCCAGUUAUUGGUAAACCAGUGCAGAAAAAACAGGCACUUAAGGAUACAAAGGCCAAAGUUCAAGGUCGCACCCCAAACAUCCGUAGACGGUCAAAAGAUUUAAAAUUCUCUGUAGUGGUGUCAUCAGAGCCAAGUUCCCAGACUGUUGAGGUUCAAACAAGCCCUGCAGCAGUCAAAAGUGAUGCCUCAACAAACACACAAAUAAGAUAUGCAUAUGGAAGAUCCCUUGACCCUAAAUUGAUGAAUGAGCUUGAGACACUCAGCAAGGAACAAGAUGAUAUUGAAAAGGAGGCACUGCUAAUCAGAGAAAGAACUGCAAUGAGACAGGAGAAAAUGAGGGAAGAUGGUAUUCUCGAUAGUUUUGCUGCCACAAUAUCUCCUCUCAAAAGAUUAAAGGCUAUGUUGCAAGAGAAAAAGACAUUUGUUCAUUCUACAAAGAAGGAAUACGACUCUUUGGAAAUGGGCUCCCAGUCACAAAUCAACAAGAGCGUGCAGUUCAGUGAAACGCCAAUAUUUUAUGAAGUACGAGAGACAGAUGAUCAGCAGGAAGAAUAUGGGACACCAGACACAAGUAUCCAAAUGUGCAACAGCUUGAAUGCCAGUUUGUCACAUUGGAAUUCGUUGAAGGGUAACAACAGCUUUCUCCAAACACCUGUUUCGAAAAAAGAGCCGGUUCAAUCAGCCAGAGAAGAAAAGGAAGAAUUUAUUCCUCCUACAAAUGAUGUCCCUGCAGAGAAAUCACCAUUUACCGAAAUAGCCGGGAAUUGUGAACGUCCCUCACUAGCCCCCCUCACACCUCACUCCCGAAAAGAAGUGUCUGUUUUAAAGCUGAUAUUGCGUAAACAAUUAGAGGAUUUAUAUGACUAAUUUUUUGUUCUUUUAUAAGGUAUAUUUAGCUCUCCAUUUUGAGGUAAAAUAUUUGUUUUUAAACUUUUUUUUCCCCAAAGGUACUGUUUAACAGUUUAUAUCUCUUACCUGUAAAAUAUAUGUGGCCAUAAGUAUAAAGAAUCAGUAUUAGCAGUAGAUUUAUACUAAAUUUACUAAUAUUGUUAGGGUAAUAAGUUUUAUUUGUAUGAAAUUACUUUUUUGGGAAGU